AUGGAAAGAUUACAACAAGUUGCUACUCAACUUACUUCUUCUGGGAAAGCACCAGAACGUCCAAUCCAUCCUUUGGAUCAAUUAUCUCCACAAGAAAUUAAAUACGUAUCAUCCCUUUUAAAAGAUAAAUUCAGUGGUAAGAAAUUAAAUUUCAAUACCAUUACUUUAAGAGAACCUCCAAAGAAUUUAUAUUAUAAAUGGAAAGAAUCUAAAGGUUCAUUACCUCCACGUUUAGCUUAUUUCGUUAUAAUUGUUGAAGGGUCUAAUGGUUUAGAAGAAGGUGUUAUUGAUAUUCCAUCAGGUAAAUUUUUAUCAAUUAAGCACACCGAAGGAGCUCAACCAAUUUUAACUCCUGGUGAUUUACAAGCUACUGAAGAAAUCAUUAGAAAUGAUCCUAACGUUAUUGAACAAUGUAUCUUAAGUGGAGUUCCAAAAGAAGAUAUGAAAAACAUCUAUUGUGAUGCUUGGACUAUCGGUUAUGAUGAAAGAUGGGGAGCUUCAAUGAGAUUACAACAAGCUUUAAUGUAUUGGAGAUCUGAUGAAGAUGAUUCUCAUUACUCACAUCCUUUGGAUUUCUGUCCAAUUGUUGAUAUGAAUGCUGGUAAAGUUGUUUUCAUUGAUAUUCCAAACAGAAGAAGAAAAGUUAGUAAACACAAACAUGCUAAUUUCACUCCAAAAUCUGUUCAAGAAAAAUUUGGUACUAAAUCUAAUCCAUCAGGUUAUAGACAAGAUGACACACCAAUUAAUGUUGAACAACCAAAAGGUGUUUCUUUCAACAUGGAAGGAAGUUCAAUGACUUGGUCAAAUUUCAAUUUCCAUAUUGGUUUCAAUUAUAGAGAAGGUAUCGUUUUAAGUGAUAUGACUUAUGAUGAUCAUGGAAAAGUUAGACCUUUAUUCCAUAGAAUUUCUUUGAGUGAAAUGAUUGUUCCUUAUGGUAGUCCAGAUUUCCCUCAUCAAAGAAAGCAUGCUUUAGAUAUUGGUGAAUAUGGUGCAGGUAAUUGUACAAAUCCAUUAUCUUUAGGAUGUGAUUGUAAAGGGGUUAUUCACUACUUAAAUGCUCAUUUCACUGAUAAAAAUGGGGAACCAACUACUAUCAAGAAUGCUAUUUGUAUUCAUGAAGAAGAUGAUGGUUUAUUAUUCAAACACAGUGAUUUCAGAGAUGAUUUCCAAACUACUAUUGCCACCAGAGGUAAGAAAUUGAUUAUUUCUCAAAUCUUCACUGCUGCCAAUUAUGAAUAUUGUUUAUACUGGAUCUUAAGACAAGAUGGUACUAUUAAAUUAGAAGUCAGAUUAACUGGUAUAUUAAACACUUAUAUUUGUGAUGAAAAUGAAGACAUUGGACCAUGGGGUACUGUCGUUUAUCCAAAGGUCAAUGCUCAUAAUCAUCAACAUUUAUUCUCCUUAAGAUUACAUCCAAGAAUUGAUGGUGAAGGUAACUCUUCAGCUAUGGCUGAUGCUAAACCAUCACCAUAUCCAACUGGAUCAGCUGAAAACAUGUAUGGUAAUGCCUUCUUUUCUGAUAAAAAAGUAUUCAAAACUGUUGGAGAUUCUUUGACUAAUUAUGAAUCAUCAACCAUGAGAUCAUGGGAUUUAUUCAAUCCAAAAUCUAUCAACAAAUAUUCAGGUAAACCAGCAUCAUAUAAAUUAGUCUCAACUUUCUGUCCUCCACUUUUGGCUCAAAAAGGUUCAUUAGUCAGAAAGAGAGCUCCAUGGGCUGAAAAUACCAUUGAAGUUAUUCCAUAUCAAGAUGAAGAUCAUGGUUACGGUAGAUUAUAUCCAUCCGGUGAUCACGUUGCUCAAUGGAGUGGUGAUGGUUUAAGAGGUAUGAGAAAAUGGAUUGGUGACGGUAGUGAUAAAAUUGAAAAUACCGAUAUUGUUAUGUUCCAUACUUUCGGUAUAACUCAUUUCCCAGCCCCAGAAGAUUUCCCAGUUAUGCCAACAGAAAUCUUUGAAUUAAUGUUAAGACCAAGACACAUCUUCACUGAAAAUCCUGUUCUUGAUGUUAAACCAUCAUUUGUUAGAACUACUAAAGAUGUUAAAGCUGGUAAACAAGGUAUCGAUUCCUGUUCAUUAAACGUUGAUACUACUUCAAGAUUAGCUUUCAACAAGACUUCAAGUGAUUGUUGUUCCAAAAAAUAA